AUGUUAGACAGAAUAAAACAUAACUUUCCAGAUUUAAAUCCCACUGAAAGUGUUCCAGAAGAAUUUUAUAAUAAAUUAAUGAAUAUAGUAGAAAUAUUUGUGGGUAAAGAUCAAAUGUUGCAACGUUUAGGAAAAAUAGAUAAAAAAAGAAUAACAUUAAUUUCUCAUAACGGUAGCGGUUUUCAUAACUGGAUCGUGCUUAAAAAUGCGAAAAAACUAUCGCAAUGUCCACUAGUAACAGCUAGAGAGAUUCUGUCUCUACCUUUACCUAAUUCAUUCACCGAUGAAUAUUUACAGAAAAAAUGGAACUCUAAUUAUUUGCAAAAUAUUAAUUUCAUAUGUUCCUAUCAACAUGAAAAAUCUAGUUUGGCGGCAUGGGGAAAUUCAUCUAAUCUACCGAUGAAUUUGAGAAAGAUCACCGAUAUUAAUAUUGCAAAAUACACCGAAGAUAAUUGGGAAUCUUUAAGACACGAAUGGGAACCUUACGCUAAAAGAGAUACGUUAUGUCUCGGAGCUUGUUUGAUAAAAUAUAACAAAGUUAUGAAAGAAGUUGUAUUUCAGAAUAUUUCCAAUAAUCUAACGGCUCCUUCUUUAUCUUUAAAGGAAUAUAGUAAAAGUAAAAAAGAUAAAACGGAAGUUAAUUCAGAACUUAAAAAAAUAAAAUGUACUCACCUAAUGGCCUUUGAUGCUAACGGUUUGUACGCUUCAGCAAUGUCGGAUUUAGACAGCGAAAGUGGUAGACCGUUUCUACCGGAAGAAAAUAAAGAAUCUGUUAAGCUCUUUAAUAAGCAGAAAUUCAGACGUAGAACGGCUAUUUUAAAAGUCUGGUUUGAAUAUCCUACUAACAUGUUCUUCCAACCGAUACCAGCUAAAGAUAAAAUUACUUUUACGAACAAAGAAGAAAUAGUUAAAGCCGAUGGACGAAUUAUUAGAAUAUUAGAUGGUAUAGUAUACGAAGAAAAUUUUAAAACUCCACCAUAUAGAGAUUAUAUUUUGAUUUUGAGAGAUCUAAGAAAUAAAUAUAAACGAGAAGAAAUUAAUGACGAAGAAAAAGAAUUUGACUGUACACCUCCUAAAUCUACACGACUAACACCUAGUCAUUUGGGAUCAUUCGUUUUAUCUCACAGUAAAAAAAUAAUGAAUAAUUUUAUUCGCGUGAUAGAUGGAUUUUAUAAGCCUGAAAUAUACUUUACGGAUACCGAUAGUUUAUACAUUUCGUUUAGUAAUUGGGAUAAAUUAAAUGAAGCUGGGUUGGUGUCCGAAAAUGAUUAUUGUAAAGGAAAGAAUGAUUACGGUGAUGGUGGAAUCAUAUUUGGUUUAUAUUUAGAGCCAAAUGUUAAAUACAAUAUUAUUCUAGCUUCUGACGGUAUUCUAAAAGAAAAGAAAACGUUUAAGGGUUACUCUAAUGAUAAGAUAGCUGUAGAAGAUUAUAUUCGAUUAGCUAGUGAACAUGAUGUGACGAAUGAAUUUACGAAACCAUGGGGAAAAAGUUUCACCAAUGAGUAG